UAAUAGUCCAUAUAGUCUACGUAUACUGUGCAAUAGUCUGCAUAUCAAUUUGUCGAAAUUAACAUCAUAUGUCGUCUUUGUCCUGCAAUAGUGGGUGCAAUCUUCUGUGGAACUGUAGUAGGGUGAUAGAAAAACGAUGACUCUUAUCACUCCGUUGAUUCUUUUCCUGAAAAACUCACGUUCUGUGAGAAAAGCUUUAACGCCAGGCCUAAUAUCAAGUAUAAUUAUGAGCGUGUUAUUUAUACUUGUACGAAAAGUACCACCAGUGUGUAAACACAUGCCUUCGUUUGAGGGGAAUGAAUGUACCUUUGAUUGGAGAGAAGUGGAAAUCGGGAUGUUUUUGCUCAGUAUAAUUGUGAUCAAAAACCGAGCAUCUGUUUCUGCAGAACAAAUGAUCACCAGUACAUUAAUGUACACAAAACUUGCCAGCGCAGUUUUAUUUUAUAGAUUAGACCCAAGAUUCGCGAUAGGGUAUUGUCUUUUAUGUGUCUUUCGGGUAUGGUUGCUUCCAGAUUAUUUUGUUGAUGGCCCAGAAGAACUAACUUAUUUCAGUGACACAACUUUACAGGAAUCGUUGGAAGAAGAUAAACGUGUAACUUGGGUUGUUCUGUUUUACACAACAUGGUCCCCUCACUGUCAUUCUGUUUCACCAGUAUUUUCUGAGUUAUCUAAUGAAUAUGCAACAAAGUAUUUAAAGUUUGCUAAAAUUGAUAUUGGCAAAUAUUCGAAAGCAGCAAAAACAUAUGGAGUUAGUGCUUCCACUAUGUCACAUCAGCUACCAACUAUUAUUGUGUUUGAAGAUGGGAAAGCUGUCGAUUGGAGGCCGAUGUUAGGUUCAAAUAAAAAGUUUGUCAAAUACGUUUUCACAGAGGAAAACAUCAAAAGAGACUUUGGUAUGAACAGAUUGUACGAUGAAUCUUUAGUCAAAUGUAAAAAGUUUAAGAAGGGAAAAAAAGAAGAAUAAUCUUGUUUCGUCCAUUUCACCUGCUGCUAAUUUGUUUUGAUAAUUCUUGUCUUUUUUAAAUCAUGACAAAAAGAUUCAUAAUCUUUCAAUGUUAUUGAAGUCUGCUUUAAAAGUUUUUCAAAAAUUCCUACACAACAGUUCUUAUAAUAUGUCUUGUAAAAAUUGAAUAGGGUAUAUUUUUAAAAUUUGUGUUGUAUCUCUCUAUGGCUCAAUGCCACACUCUAUUGUCUGUCCUGCCAGGGAGACACUGUUGUAUUAAAGCAAGCUCCAUGAUG